AUGGCAUCCAAAGACACAGACGGCACCAUCGACGAAGAUGUAGCUCGCCAUUCUUCGCACAUCCAGAUAGUCGCCCGCAACCAGUCCUUCCGCAGAUUAUCGAGAUCCCCGCACCCGUACCGCCGGCGACGCACGGAACAACAGCUUGGUUCCGAGACGGCAUCUAGUGAAUAUAGUUCUAGAUGGGUGCGAAGCCGGAAGGCAUCGAGUGAUAGCGGGACAGAUGCGGAUGAUGAAGGGAAUGGUAUCUUGAAGGGGCUGCCUGCUCCGCUACCGAAAAGGGAUACGCUUACACCUGGGGAGGACGAGGAUUCGGGGGUUUCGGAGAGAUUGAAAGGACGCGGGAAGGGUCGUCGGAGGCGUUCCGAGAGCUCUGGACGUUCAUCAUCUUGA